UCCGUUGUUUCCAGUUUUCACGUGUUCUGUUUUAUGUCGUUUCCAGAUAUUUGUAUUACUAUACGCAAUAGAGGGAUACAUUUUUUAUCGGCAUUUUACAUAUAGUUAAAAUUGUUUUCGUUUAAAGGAGUAUUUUUUUGUUCACUCAAAUUUGACAAUGGGAUACGAUGACCGCGAACGGGAUCGGGAGAGACGCCGCCAUCGUUCUCGCUCUCGGGAUCGCCAUCGCGACCGCUCCAGGGACCGACGUCACCAUCGCAACUCGAGGCGCAAGCCAUCGCUAUACUGGGAUGUGCCUCCACCGGGAUUUGAACACAUCACCCCCAUGCAGUACAAAGCAAUGCAGGCGUCCGGCCAGAUCCCCGCCAGCGUUGUGCCAGAUACGCCCCAGACGGCGGUGCCGGUGGUCGGGUCAACGAUCACUCGACAGGCCCGUCGCCUCUACGUCGGCAACAUUCCGUUUGGCGUUACCGAGGAGGAGAUGAUGGAGUUCUUCAAUCAACAAAUGCAUUUAGUUGGCCUGGCACAGGCGGCAGGCAGUCCAGUGUUGGCCUGUCAAAUCAAUUUGGACAAAAACUUUGCCUUCCUGGAGUUUAGGUCCAUAGAUGAGACGACCCAAGCAAUGGCAUUCGAUGGCAUCAAUUUGAAGGGGCAGAGCUUGAAGAUUCGCCGCCCGCAUGACUACCAGCCUAUGCCUGGCAUUACGGAUACGCCGGCCAUUAAGCCAGCUGUUGUGUCCAGCGGAGUUAUCUCGACUGUGGUUCCAGACUCUCCCCACAAAAUUUUCAUAGGAGGUUUGCCCAACUAUCUCAACGAUGACCAGGUUAAGGAAUUGCUGUUGUCCUUUGGCAAGCUAAGGGCAUUUAAUCUUGUUAAAGAUGCGGCAACUGGUUUGAGCAAAGGCUAUGCCUUUUGUGAAUAUGUGGAUCUGAGCAUUACUGAUCAGUCAAUCUCUGGCUUAAAUGGCAUGCAGCUGGGCGACAAGAAACUGAUCGUUCAACGGGCUAGCGUGGGCGCCAAGAAUGCUCAGAAUGCAGCCAAUACCACUCAGUCCGUGAUGCUGCAAGUGCCAGGCCUGUCGAAUGUGGUAACAUCCGGACCACCGACCGAGGUACUCUGCUUGCUCAACAUGGUCACGCCGGAUGAGCUGCGUGACGAGGAGGAGUACGAGGACAUAUUGGAGGACAUCAAGGAGGAGUGCACGAAGUACGGUGUGGUGCGAAGCGUGGAAAUACCACGUCCCAUCGAAGGCGUGGAGGUUCCCGGGUGCGGCAAGGUCUUUGUCGAAUUUAACUCGGUUCUUGACUGUCAAAAGGCCCAGCAGGCACUUACUGGACGAAAGUUUAGUGAUCGUGUCGUGGUUACUUCAUACUUUGAUCCCGACAAGUACCACAGACGCGAGUUCUAGAUAAAAACAGAUUUAAAAAAAGCUUCAAAAUCAUAUUUCUUACAUUCACCGAUUGUCCAAUAAAAGUAUCACAUAAUAAAAGUAACAA